GCCAUCCUUCUUUCCCGUCUAGACAUGCCCGUCGCGACUUACCAGUACCAAGCGCUCAAAGAGGCCCUCGCCGCUUCCAUCUCCACCGCCGGCGACGUGCGCCGCCCCCACGCCCUCGCCGUAGUGUCCGGUCUCGCCGUCAACGGCUACGUCGUCUCCCUCCUCGUAUCCCGCUACUUCCGCCUCGGCGCCGCCAAUGCCGCGCGCAGGGCGUUCGACGCUGUUCCCCUUCCCCGGGCAGAAUCGUCCCCCGUUUCGGCGCCGCCUAAGCCCCUCCUCUACAACUCCAUGAUCCGAGGGUACCUCGCUCUCGGCCUCCCCCGCCUGGCGGUCGGUGUCUUCCGCGAGAUGGCGUGCCCGCCCGACCGCCACACGUACCAACUCGCCAUGACGGCGUGCGCUCGCGCGGCGGAGUUUGAGCUCGGCCGGCGUGUCGGGAGCGAAGCGUGCUCCAGAGGGUUUUCGGCCGACCUCCUGGUUGGGACGGCGCUGGUCGUCACGUAUUCUGAAGCAGGUGACAUGGCGGCCGCUCUCAGGGUGUUUGAUGGAAUGCCGCACCGCGAUGAUGUGGUGUGGAAUGCCCUCAUUGCUGGCUAUGCCCGUGCGAGUUGUAUGGGAGAGGCUCUCGGGUUGUUUGCAAGGAUGAGGAUGGUGGAUGGAGUGUCUCCGACUGAGGCGACUCUGGUGAGCUUGGUUUCCGGGUUUGCAAUCUAUGCUUCUCGGAAGGUCUGCUAUAUGAUGCAUGCUGUUGUAGUUAGGUCUGGUUUCCACCUUAACGUCUGUGUUUGCAACGCUCUCCUGGAGCUUUAUCUUUACUCCGGCUGUUUGAGGGAGGCUGUGAUGCUGUUUCGUCAGAUGGAGGGGAAAGAUCCCAUCACUUGGAGCACGAUGAUUGGUGGGCUUGUUCGGAAUGGACGACCGAAUUCUGCUCUUAACGUUUUCCAUUGGAUGUUGUCAAAUUCGAGUGUGUCGGCCACUAGGUCCAUCUUGCUUAAUGUCAUUGCGGCCUGCGCUGAGCUGGGGGAGUGGAAACAAGGAAGAUGGAUUGAACAAAGCUAUGUGCUGGCUAGUUCUAGUGAAUUCAAUAGAGAUCCAUCUUUGGUAACUUCACUGAUAUAUAUGUAUGCAAAGUGUGGACAGUUAGAUUCUUCAAUCGCUCUUCUACAUGGAGUCGCAGCAAUGAGAGAUGACAUAGUUGCAUGGAAUGCCAUUAUCAAAGGCUGUGGAGUUCUUGGACAAGUGGGAAAGGCAAUAGGAUUUGCAGUGGAAAUGCAGAGGGUAGGCGUUGAUCCAGAUGCUGUCACAUUCUUGGAGAUCCUACCUAUGAUUUCUUUGAUUCCAUCACUGAAGAAGGGGAUGGAAGCACAUGGUCAGAUUGUUAAAAGAGGUUUCCAGAAUGAAAGGACAAUUGCUAAUUCACUCAUUACCAUGUAUGGUCGAUGCGGGGAUCUUAGACAUUCAUUUGACACCUUUACUGGGAUUCUGGACAAGGAUGUAAUCUCUUGGACUUCUAUGGUUCAGGUAUAUGCCUGGAAUGGACAUGCUGCUGAAGUUGUCGAGCUUUUUGAGCUGAUGAAGAAAACAGAAGUGAAACCGAACCGCUACACCUUUCUUGCUGUGCUGUCUGCAUGUAAGAACACAGGUCUUGUUGAAGAGGGAAUGUACUUGCUCAAGUUCAUGGAAGAGCAAUAUGGUCUUGAGCCUGAUGUUGAGCAUAUUUCAUGUGUUGUUGAUAUGCUCUGUCGUACUGGACGCUUGACUGAUGCAUAUGACCUGGUAAAAGGUACUAAUUCUGAACGUGUAGACAAUCAUAUAUUAUGGGGGAUAUUGCUAAGUGCUUCCCGUUCAUCUGGGGAUUUGGUGAUUGGGGAAGAAGCUGCCAGACAUCUCUUGUCUCUGGAUCCAGAAAAUCGAGCCAACUAUAAAAUGCUUGCGGAUAUUUAUGUCUCGCUUGGGAGAAGGGAUAGUGCUAAUAAUAUCCUUAGACUAUCAUUGUCAAGAGGGCUAGACUCGAAACCAGGCUGCAGCUGGACUGAAGGUGGCUGAAUGUUGCAAAUACAUGCUAGAUGAAUCAGGAUUUGGAAAACAUUUUUCCUUUAUCUCGGAUCAAGAACAACUUCUCUGGAGAUAUAUCCCACAAUCUAGCAAGGUGUGAUCUGAGCCUGUGUAUGAGUGAAUGAACAGUGUAAAAAAACGGAAUUAACUCCAGACUAUUGACAGAAACAAGAAAUUUCUGAAUAAUAACGGAGUUGUAUCAAAUCGGCCUUGAUGUGGACGCACAGCAGUGGUAACCGGGCUGCUUCAGUGCUGGGUCAUCUUCAGGAGGUUGCUGUCCAAAGAUCAUCUCGCAGCUCAUGUCUUCAAAAUCUGAACAGUAACAAUACGAUUGACAUAAGAUAGCCUCUUGUGGAUCAGAGCAAAGGAAGCUUACUGGGUGACAUGUACACAGAAACUCCGAGUGAAUCUUGCAUAAACUUCUGGGAUGGGAUCUUGCAAAGAAGGUAUUUUUCAUCUAUUCGCCUAGGCAGUUUGUGGAGUGUGAGUAGGAACAUCAGUCUGCCACAAUUGCGACAUGGCCAAUACAAGUGGGAUGACAGCUUUAGUACUUUCUUGCCUUUCCUUUCAAGUGGAUUUACUUGAGGCUCACCAGAAGCACUAGCAUGGAGUCUUUCUUUGAAUGAUGCCCUCCUUGAGGGCAUCAUACUUAUUUUAUGUACUGAAAUAGUACAUUAUUACAUGGAGCAAGAACAUGUCAAGGAGAGAAAAUCUGUUGAUAUAAUACCUCACAUGGUCCGACGAGCCAAGGGAAGAAUAUGGUGGUGAAGGCAGCAAAGUACUCCCUGGAAAAUCUUGAAGGUGGCAUCAUCACCUUUAUCUGCCCAAACAUAAUUCUGUCAAACCAAAUCCAGGUAAAAAGCAGAGACAUUUUUACUGUUCCCCCCUCCCUUUUCAGAGAUAACCCCCUCCAUGUCCAAAAAGAAGGCCUAUAAAUUUGGAAGCAAAAAAUUUGCAUGGUUUGCUUUAGCAUUCAAGAAAAAAAUAAAUGAAAUCCUAUAUACUCCUUCCGACCCAUAAUAUAAGAGCGUUUUUGACACUAGUGUAGUAUAAAAAACGCUCUUAUAUUAUGGGAUGGAGGGAGUUUUUUUUGUUGUUUACUUUUGUUUUUGUUGAGAAAAUCACUGGUGGGAUAACAUAGCCGGCUGAAUUUUAUUACAAAGUUAAUUAUGCAUGGGGCUGGGGCAUGUACUUGCCAUUGUGACGA